AUUUUAUUUAGAGGCGGCGCUUGUUGGCUCCGGAGUAGCGUCGUAACGACACUUUUUUUUCCUCUCUCUCUCUCCCUCUCUCCCUCUCUCUCUCUGCCUCUCUUUCUCUCUCUCCUGCUCCCCCCAGUCCCUGUUGAAAGAGUUUGACCAGGGCCAGAGUUGGUGCUGGGGGGUCGCUCACAGGCUGCAACAACCUGGGGGGUGAUUGCUGCGAUUUUUUUUUAAUCCCAGACAUUGUUUCUAUUUUCUUUUUUUUUUUUUUUCUUUUUGAAUUUUUAUUCUAAUUUGACUGUCUCUGAAUAAGAUCUGACAGCCUUUGGAGAUUUUUUUUUUCUCCCCCCCCCUCACCCCCCCCACCUUUCAGAUCAUGAACAAACUAUAUGUUGGGAAUUUAAGUCCUUCGGUCACUGUCGAGGACUUGGAGCAGCUCUUCGGGGAGAGGAAGCUGCCCGUGGCCGAGCAGGUCCUCCUCAAAUCCGGCUAUGCUUUUGUGGACUUCCCCGAUCAGAACUCGGCCAUAAAGGCUAUAGAGACUCUCUCUGGUAAAGUUGAAUUACACGGAAAGGUGAUAGAGGUAGACUACUCUGUUCCCAAAAAACUAAGGAGUCGGAAGAUCCAGAUCCGGAACAUUCCCCCUCAUCUACAGUGGGAGGUUUUGGACGGCCUUCUAGCUCAGUAUGGUACUGUAGAGAACGUGGAACAAGUGAACACUGACACAGAAACCGCAGUGGUGAAUGUCACAUACGCAACCAAGGAGGAAGCUAAAGUAGCCAUUGAGAAGCUCACCGGGCACCAGUUUGACGACUACUCCUUCAACGUGUCGUACAUCAUGGACAUGGAUGCUGCGCCACCCGUCCAAGGUCCCCGCACGCGGCGAGGGGGCCGAUCUUCCCAGGACCAGGGCGCCUCUCAGCCCGGGGCGUCGGGGGGCUUCGGCUCGCCACGUCCCCGGCAACACGACUUCCCCCUGCGUAUGCUCGUGCCCACGCAGUUUGUGGGAGCCAUCAUCGGCAAGGAAGGCCUCACCAUCAAGAACGUCACCAAACAAACACAGUCAAAGGUGGACAUUCACCGGAAGGAAAAUGCCGGUGCGGCAGAAAAACCCAUCACCAUCCACUCAACCCCCGAGGGCUGCUCCUCUGCCUGCCGCAUGAUCAUGGACAUCAUGCAGAAGGAGGCCAACGAGACCAAGACGACGGAGGACAUCCCUCUGAAAAUCCUCGCCCACAACAGCCUCGUGGGCCGGCUGAUCGGGAAGGAGGGCCGCAACCUGAAGAAGAUCGAGGAGGAGACAGGGACCAAGAUAACCAUCUCCUCGUUACAAGACUUAACCAUUUACAACCCUGAGAGGACCAUCACGGUGAAGGGCAGCUUGGAGGCUUGUUGUAAAGCCGAAGGGGAGAUCAUGAAGAAGCUGAGGGAAGCCAACGAGAACGACAUCGCUGCUAUAAAUGCCAACUUGAUCCCGGGCUUGAACCUGAACGCUCUGGGCAUCUUCUCCUCUGGUCUGCCGGUGCUGCCCCCUGCUGGUGGACCACGUGGUGCGGUGCCCCCUGUGGCACCAGCGGGAUACAACCCAUUCUUAAGUCACUCUUCACAUCUCGGCGGCCUGUACGGGGUUCCUCCAGCAAGUGCCAUCCCCCACCAGCACUCACAACAGGCUCCAGAGCAGGAGGUCGUCUACCUCUUUAUUCCAACUCAGGCAGUCGGCGCCUUGAUAGGCAAGAAGGGCCAGCACAUCAAACAACUCGCCCACUUUGCCGGAGCUUCCAUCAAGAUUGCCCCAGCUGAGAGCCCAGAUGUUACUGAGAGGAUGGUUAUUAUCACUGGAACUCCAGAGGCUCAGUUUAAGGCCCAGGGUCGGAUAUUUGGGAAGCUGAAGGAGGAGAACUUCUUCUCAGCGAAGGAGGAGGUCAAACUGGAGACACACAUCAAGGUUCCCUCAACCGCAGCUGGCAGGGUCAUCGGCAAAGGAGGCAAGACGGUGAAUGAGCUGCAGAACCUUACGAGCGCAGAAGUUAUCGUACCGCGGGACCAAACUCCUGACGAGAAUGACGAGGUCUUUGUGAAAAUCAGCGGGCAUUUCUUUGCCAGCCAGACUGCACAGAGGAAGAUCCGGGAGAUCAUUCAGCAGGUCAAGCAGCAGGAGCAGAAGCACCAGCAGGGCGCUGCUGUGUCACCGCACCACUCCAAGUGACCAGCAGGGCGGCUCCAGUGGGCACCAGCAUAUGAAUGUAGCCCUCCCAAACGGACAGAGACCUACCCAGACUGAGGCCAAGGCCAAGGCGGACAUGCAGGGCAGACCAGCAGCACCGGGAUCAAAACCAAAGAACUUCACAAAGGGGAGAAACAAGUGAGAGCCAAAGGCUGAGGGCAUUGUGUGCACUGCCAGCCCCGAGAGAGCAGAUAGGGUGGAGAAACCGUACCGAAAUGAUAAAAAAGACCAAAAAAGGAAAAAAAUAACAUGAAAGGUGGAAAUGGCAGAGAAUUUGGGAACAGUUGUCUUAUCAGUUAUUAAAGGUAAAACACAAAGUGGUAUGUCGCCCUGCAUAACGUUGUCUCUUUAGUUGGACUAACAUAGGCCUAACAAGCAGAUCGAAUGGAUAAAGAAAGUCUAUUAACUUAACUGUAUACAAGGCAUUGUGAUUGAUAUCUUUAGAUAGAACAACAGCAAGACUGACAUUGGGCAUGUCAUCUCCCAAGUGUUUGAGAUAUUUAGAUUUUGAGAUCAAAUAUCCUUAGCAGUAUUAAUGCAGAGUAGAAAAGUACCGUUUGAUACGCCCAGAGAGUAUGUACUGUUAUUUUUUCUAUCAAAAAUGGCAGUACAGCUUGGUGUGGAUGUUGGCGUCUAGUUUGUCCCAGCGGCUGGGCUGUGAUGGCUACUGGUUCGUUCCCGUUCUAGCCCACUGAAAUCGAAGCAGAAACCCCCUGUAAGUAAAUUCAACGAGCGGUUCUGAGUCUUUGUAACGAACCGGUGUGUGUGCCAACGCAAAAGAUAACGUCUCUUUCAAAUGUUUCUCACCGUUCAUGUCUGAGGCUUUGCUCUUUUUUUUUUUUUUUAAUAAUUUCUUUCUUUUUCUGUUCAUUUCUGCUUCACUUUCUUAUUACUCUCUCAUCUUGAGUUGUGUUCUUUUAAUGGGUGAAAAAUAUCUGUCACCAAGAAACACUUAUUUCGUAGCCUUUCGAUGACGUUGAACUGACUGCCACUUUUGCUCAAGAGGUUAAAUGCAACAGAGAGAUUUAAAAAAAAACUAAACAAAAACGGUGUCGCUCUCCCAUCCUGUUCAGCAGACAACGUCAAAACCCAUUCUUGUCCUCGUGUUUUAAAGAAGUCAGUCAGUGACGAUCAGAGCAAAAAUCGACGUCUUAAAGAAGUGGUUUGAAGUAACCAUUUGUCUUGAAUGUGCACCGCUACACCUUGGGCCUUACGAGGACGGCAUGAGGACCGGCACGAGAAGCUGAGGUGCCCGGGGAGGGAGGGACGGUGCGGACUCAUGAGGUGGUGGUGGUGGAGAC